UGCGCAUGCGCAGCGUUUCCAAAUAUCACACGCGUGUUGUGUUUGAUAGGAGGGUGUAACUGCAACGGGAUGUUUCACUACGGCUUGAAUGAAGAGCAACCGAUUACUCUCCGUUUAUUAGCGAAAUCACACAGUACGAACAGAUUUGUGGGCUGAAUCCAAAGCCUUGGACUGAAAAUGGGUUAGACGAGCUAUGGUUGUGUUUGAAACUCUUCGGAUCUCGCAGCAGGAGCAAAACAAUGAGGACAACAGCGAACAGAGACAGGGACUGAUCAGUGUCAUUCAUUCCUGGACUUUCUUUUCUCCUGUUUGUCGUUGAGAUGAUAGUGGAGCUGGUGUGCAGCGCUGUGGCUCUGCUCCUUUACAUGAACACCCUGAGCGCUGAUUUCUGCUAUGAUGACAGCCGAGCAAUCAAAACCAACCAGGACCUCCUACCUGACACUCCAUGGACGAAUAUCCUGUACGAUGACUUCUGGGGCACUCUGCUCACCCACAGCGGCAGCCACAAGUCUUUCCGCCCCCUUUGCACCUUCACUUUCCGCAUCAACUAUGUCCUGGGUGGCCUGGAUCCUUGGGGCUACCACCUGUUCAACGUGGGCCUGCACUGCUGUGUCACUGCACUAUUUACUGCAUUUUGUCGCCUUCUACUGGGUGGAGGACCGUGGAGCCUGCUGGCGGGACUGCUCUUCGCUUCUCAUCCCAUACAUACCGAAGCGGUAGCUGGGGUGGUGGGGCGAGCAGAUGUGGGAGCAGCGGUUUGCUUCUUACUGUCCCUGCUCUGUUACACCCAAUACUGCCGCCUCAGGCCCAAUGCAGCACACUCGAGUGGGGCUGUAUGGUGGGCAGCGCUGUGGCUGGCCGGGAGUCUGGGUGCUGCUACGGCGGCCUUGCUGUGGAAAGAACAGGGAGUGACUGUUUUGGCUGUGUCAGCUGUUUAUGACCUCUGUGUUGUGCAUCGUCUGCGACUCCGGCAAGCAGUAAUGAUGGUGCUGAAGAGGAGGAACAUGAACUUGUUGGUCAGUUUAGCCUGGCUGGUUGGUUGGGGUAUGAUUCUGCUCGCAGCUCGUUUUUACUGGAUGGGUAACAAGCCACCAAAUUUUUCCAAUUCGGACAACCCAGCAGCUGACUCGCCUCACUUCCUGACCAGAGCGCUUACGUUCCUGUACCUGCCAGCUGUCAAUGCCUGGCUCCUCCUCUGUCCUGACAAACUCAGCUUUGAUUGGUCAAUGGAUGCCGUUCCUCUGCUCAGAGUCAUCGGUGAUUGGAGGAACCUUCAGUCAGUUAUGUUUUACUCAGGAUUUGCUCUCCUGGCAUGGUUUGGCCUGAGAAGCCCACCUCUACAGUCCACAAAAAUCAGUGAAACCAAUGGAAAAUCAUAUAUGAACAACGGAAAGUCUGCAACUAACGGAUACAAUCAUAAUCACAAUGACAAUCACUACAGGGACUCAAACUCUCCCAAAAGAAAUGGUUAUCACAGACCUCUCAAAACCCCUCAAAAAUCCCUCCCAGCCAUGGAGAACGUGGUGGUCUUUUCCCUCGGGCUGCUGGUUUUACCCUUCGUCCCAGCCACUAACAUGUUCUUCUACGUGGGGUUUGUAGUGGCCGAGCGAGUGCUCUACAUCCCUAGUAUGGGCUUCUGUCUGCUUGUGACUGUCGGGUUUAGGAGCAUGUUCAUGCGCUGUAGGUCGAGAUGUUCCAGAGCGCUCCUGCUGACCUGUGCUGCAGGUCUUGUGCUUCUCUACAGCUUGAAGACUGUGAUGAGGAACCAGGACUGGCAGAGCGAGGAGAUGCUGUACAGGUCUGGCAUUGCUGUGAACCCUGCAAAAGCUUGGGGUAACCUGGGUAAUGUCCUGAAGAACCAGGGAAAGAUGGCAGAGGCAGAGAGAGCAUAUAGAAAUGCUCUUUAUUACCGGGGCAAUAUGGCAGAUAUGCUUUACAACCUCGGUUUGCUGCUACAGGAGAGCGAGCGAUUCUCUGAGGCUCUCCAUUACUAUAAACUGGCCAUCGGGAGCAGACCGACUCUGGCCUCUGCAUACUUGAACGUGGGCAUCAUCCUGGUCUCCCAGGGGAAUAUCGAAGAGGCCAAGCGAACCUUCCACACCUGUGCGGACAUCCCUGAUGAGAACCUGAAAGACCCUCAUGCCCACAAGAGCUCUGUCACCAGCUGCUUGUACAACCUGGGGAAGCUGCUUCAUGAGCAGGGCCAGCAUGAGGAGGCGCUGUCCAUUUAUAAAGAGGCUGUGCAAAAGAUGCCACGACAGUUCUCACCGCAGAGUUUGUACAACAUGAUGGGUGAGGCGUAUAUGAGGCUGAAUAAUCUAGAGGAGGCGGGGCAUUGGUACAGAGAGUCACUGAAGGCCAAACCUGACCAUGUUCCUGCCCACCUGACUUAUGGAAAACUGCUGUCUAUUAUGGGACAGAAGUCUGAAGCAGAGCGUUACUUCCUGAAGGCAAUAGAGCUGGAUCCUGCUAGAGGAAACUGCUAUAUGCAUUAUGGUCAGUUUCUGUUGGAAGAGUCUCGUCUGGGAGAGGCAGCAGUAAUGGCUCAGAAAGCUGCAGAGCUGGACAGUUCUGAGUUUGACGUGGUGUUCAGCGCUGCUCAUAUGCUCAGACAGGCCAGUCUGAAUGAGGCAGCUGAACGGUAUUAUGGGAAGGCAGCUGAUUUAAGACCUGAUCAUCCAGCAGCUCUGAUGAAUCUCGGGGCCAUCCUCCAUCUUAAUGGGAAGCUGAAGGAAGCUGAGACCAACUACCUCCGUGCGCUGCAGCUCAAACCAGACGACCUCAUCACUCAGUCCAACCUCCACAAACUCUGGAAUGUCAUGCAGAAACAGGGCCUACGAGCUGCCGGAACUUGAUUUGCUUCAGAUAUUCCAUCAGUGGACAUCUGAUCUUAUUUGAGAUGGAUUUCUGUGGUUAUUCAGCCCUUACUGUGGACAGAUGUUGGUGGAACUGGUUAAAACUUGAACUGGUCUAGCGGUUGGGAGUGAAGAUGGAGUUCUGUAUUGAACAGUAAAUAGUGUAAGAGAACAGUAAAGUGCACUGGAAAGAGUGUAAUAGUCUCUGAAUUUUACUUCUCACACAUGCAGGAGAGGUGGUGUUUGCAACAAACUGGAUUGUGUUCUUCUGAGAGCAGAGACCAGGAUGAACUCUCUUGCAUAUGCAGAAGGCUAAAUGUUAUAUCAGCGGUAACUCAUACCAACUGAAGUGUCAUAUAUUGUCAUUAUGCAGAUAUUUAAAAUGUCUCUUCUUUAUUUAUUGUUGAUCAAUCAGCGAUUUGUCACUUAUAAAUGGUUGUUAAUAGAACUUAAAAUCUCUCCACACUCAGCCCUGAAUCUAUGAAGCACUAUGUUGCUGACUGUCAUAGAGCUUAAUUUGCAGAAUUUUUACCAAAACAUUUUACUACAAUAAAAUGCAUUUGACCAAAAA